GGUCCUCGCUUUCCCCGACCGAGCGAUGCUGUAAUAUCUGAAUACCUUACAUUCGCUAUAUUCGCAAGUACGCCGAAUGACGUUGACGCUGUAUAACGCAGAAUAUCGCCCAAGUUUUAACCACAUAUAUAAUACAAAAAUUAAAUAAAUCUGUGCGAUACGGUUACGGAUACUCCUUGAACUCACCAGGAAUAGAUGUUUCGGAGUGAAUCCCUUGAAAUAAAUGCUCCUGACUUAAUAUACUUUACAUAUGUUCGUUCGGGUGUGAGUGUGUGCGUGAGGGACACAUAGAUACAGAUACCAACGGAAUCAUAUAAAUACAACAACAAAUGAGACAACAAAACUCCCCAGAAUAAUAUUUAAUUGAUGUAAAUACAUGUUGACAAUGUCCCUUGUUUUCCAUCAUCAUAUCUGUUUCAUUGCCAAAGCUUAGGCAAGCUUUAAAAUAGAGACGUGGUGUAUUCGCGAAAUCCCACGCAAAUCCGCGAAACCGUUUCAUGAACAAAAUGUGAGUAACGCUCGCAUGAAGUGCAGUGGAAAAAAAUAGAAUAAAAGCAGGCGUUGCGUCUCAACAGUGCCGCCGUUGCCGCCGCCGCCCUAAUGCUGCGAGUCCUUGGAGUCCUCCCAAGUUUACCGGAGCAGGAGCAUAGUCGUCAAUGUCCACAUUAGUCCUGCAAACUUAUACACAGCAAUUUAAGCCGCCCACAAGCCGAAAAGGAUAAUCGAACUAACUAGUCAGAUAGCGGAUGCUGUGCUCUAAUUUUUUCGAAAAUUUCAUAAACUGAUUAUAAAUCAGACACCGUUAAAGUAGCAUCAACAACAACAGUGCCGCAGCAUCAGCAGCUCAGCCUCAGCCUCAGCCUCAAUAUUAAAAGCUCCCACACACACCGUUACACAGUUGCGUGCCUAUGAGUGUACGCGUGUGGCAAUGUAUUUGACAGCCUUUCCCAUUUGGCCCUUGGUAUGCUUCGUGUAUUUUUUCUGUGUCGGGUUUGGCGACUUAACCAAAUUCUCUGUAGAACGUAAUGCGGCCAGUGAUGUUGGCCACUUGCCGGAGAAUGCAUCUGGACGCUUGGACUGGUUUAGACAGGAUCAUGGGCGUGCCGCUGGCUUAGAGGCCGGAAAUGAAUCUCAGGAAAACAACCGAUUGAAGGCUGAAAAGUUUCAAAAGAUUGGAACGAAAUUUAUCACCGUCUCCGAUUAUCCGCCGUUUCAAAGCCACAACGAGGACAGCCAGGAAGUGGAUCAAAAUGGUCACAUGGAGCCGGGUGUUGUGCCUGCCAAGAUCGGAGGCAGUAAUCCGGGCGACGAGACUCCCAAGUUUCGUAAUAUUGGCGCAAAGAAGAGUCGAACGGAGGUGGGUAGUGCCAGGGGGGAGCUACUGGGGGAUCGACUCAAUUCCCGUGGACGUGAUGGGUUCAUAGGCGGCGCCAAUAACAAGCAGAAGCCGUUUCGAGUUAAUCUAGCUGUCCUGGUCCAGGACGAUCCCAGUCAGCCGGGCGAGAAGUACACAAACUGCCAGAAUCAAAAUGAAUCCGACGAGAGUGCCUGCAAGCCGGAGGAGGAGGAGACCGCCGACCAGAUGUCCAACCUGCAGAAGAACUGCGAAACGACCGGCCUCCAUGUGAUGUGCCCGCGCACCUAUCGCUGCAUCAGCAAGUACUGGCUGUGCGAUGGCGACGACGACUGCGGCGACUAUUCGGACGAGACGCACUGCGGCGCCCGCACCAACUGCACGGAGGAUCAGUUUGAAUGCCUUAACGGAUUCUGUAUUCCCCGCACCUGGCUCUGUGACGGCGAGAAUGACUGCAAGGACUUCUCCGACGAGACGCACUGCAACCGCACCAGCUGCACGGACGAGCACUUCACCUGCAACGAUGGCUACUGCAUCUCCUUGGCCUUUCGCUGUGACGGCGAGCCCGAUUGCAACGACAACUCCGAUGAGCACAAGUGCGCCGCGGUGAUCAACAGCUGUCCCGAGGGUGAGUUUAAGUGCCGCGGCGGUCUGGGAGGCGCCGGCGGCCCCAGCGGCCAGUGCAUACUCAACCGCUUCCGGUGCGAUGGCGACAACGACUGCGGCGAUUGGAGCGACGAGGAGAACUGCCCCCAGAAGCCAUCGCUCUGCACGUCCAAUGAGUACAAGUGUGCGGACGGAACUUGCAUACCGAAGCGCUGGAAGUGCGACAAGGAGCAGGACUGCGACGGUGGCGAGGAUGAGAACGAUUGCGGCAGCCUGAGCUCGGAGCAUCCGCUGACCUGCGGCACGGAUGAGUUCACCUGCAACAAUGGACGCUGCAUUUUGAAAACAUGGCUCUGUGACGGGUAUCCCGACUGUACGUCCGGCGAGGAUGAGGUCGAGUGCCAUCUGCAGUGCGACGUUGGCCAGUUCCUGUGCCCAACAAAACAAAACGUAACACACCUCAAGAUUUGUGUUCACCAGAAGCACAUUUGCGAUGGCCACAACGAGUGUCCCGCCGGCGAGGACGAGAAGGAUUGUCCACGGGAGCAGAAGUGCUCGGAGCCCAGGCAGUGCGAGCAGCUCUGCAUCAAGACCAACAUGGGGCUGGACGAGUGUGCCUGUCGCCUGGGCUAUGUGAUGAACAAGAACAAGGUCAACUGCACGGACAUCGACGAGUGCCAGUACAUGACCAGUCCGGUGUGCUCCCAGAAGUGCCACAACACGCUGGGCUCCUUCAAGUGCUCCUGCGAAAUAGGCUAUAUCCUGCGGCCGGAUCUGCGCUCAUGCAAGGCACUGGGCGGGGCCAUGACCCUGCUGGUGGCCAAUCGGUGGGACAUACGACGCGUAACGCUGAGCAAUAACCGGUAUACGGCGGUGGUCAAGGGUCUGCACAAUGCCAUUGCUCUGGACUUUCACCAUCGUCGGGGCCUGAUGUUCUGGUCCGAUGUGUCGACGGAUGUUAUCAAAAUGGUUUACAUGAAUGGGACGCGCGUUCGUGAUGUGAUCAAGUGGGGAUUGGAAUCGCCGGGUGGCAUAGCAGUGGACUGGAUACACGAUUUGCUCUUCUGGACCGAUUCCGGGACGAGGCGCGUGGAAGUGUCCAACUUUCAGGGAAAUCUUCGGACAGUGAUUGCCUCGAGUGACCUGGACAAGCCGCGGGCCAUAGUCGUCCAUCCGGGCGAGGCGUUGGCCUUCUGGAGUGACUGGGGACCCAAUCCGAAGAUCGAACGCGCCCAUAUGGACGGAACGCAGCGACGAGUGAUCAUUUCCAAGGGCGUCACGUGGCCCAAUGGCCUGGCCAUAGACUAUCCGAACGGCAAGAUCUAUUGGGCGGACGCCAAGCAGCAUGCCAUCGAGUGCUCCAACCUGGAUGGCAACGAACGAAACAAGAUUUUAAGCACUCACUUGCCACACCCCUUUGCCCUAACCAUCUUCGAGGACACCAUGUACUGGACGGACUGGAACACCAAGACUGUAUCGGCGGCCGACAAGACGACGGGCAAGGAAUUUCGAGCGGUUCAUGAGAACUUUCACUUUCCGAUGGACAUCCAUGCCUUCCAUCCUGCCCGUCAGCCGGAAUAUCCCGAUCGCUGUCAGAAGGAUCGACGCGGUCUGCGCGGCGGCUGCUCUCACCUGUGCCUGCCCAAUAAGACCUCCCGGAGAUGCGGCUGUCCCAUUGGCCUGUCGCUAAAGGAGGACGGCAAGACGUGCAAGAGCACGGCAGACCGGCUGGUGCUAGUGGCUCGUCGCAAGGACAUACGGUUGCGGCAACUUAAGAAUAACCAGGCCGAUCCAGACGAGGUGGAUAUGAUUGUCCCGCUGGACAACCUGAAGCAUGCCGUGGCCCUGGACUGGUGCAGCGACACGGACUUUAUCUACUGGACCGACGUGGAGCGCAGCACCAUCAAUAAGGCGCACCUCAAUGGCAGCUACCAGCAGCGAGUGGUGCACUCGAAUCUCGUGUCGCCGGUGGGCCUGGCCCUCGACUGGAUAACAGACAAGCUCUACUGGACGGAUCCCUCCACAAACCGCAUUGAGGUGGCCACUACCAACGGCAAGAUGCGCACUCUGCUCAUUUGGGAGAAGCUGUACAAGCCGAGGGAUAUCGUGGUGAACCCCAUAGAUGGUCUUAUGUUCUGGUCGGACUGGGGCGAUGAUCCCAUGAUCGAACGUGCCAAUAUGGAUGGUCAUGAUCGCUCAAUCAUAUCCUCGAAGAAGCUAAUAUAUCCCAAUGGUCUGGCCAUCGACUAUGAAAAGGGUAAACUGUACUUUGUGGAUGGCGGGACCAAGACCUUGGAGAACAUGAACUUUGACGGCAGCAAUCGUCAAGUGAUUUUGAAUGGUCUUGGACAUCCUUUCGGCUUGGAUGUGAACGAGGGUCGUGUCUAUUGGACCGAUUGGGACACCAAGUCGGUGAUGAGCGCCAACAAGCUAACCGGCGGCGAGUCCAACAUAAUCAUUGCAAACACCACCGACCUGAUGGACAUCCGGGUGUUCCACCGCACUCGCAGGCGUAUCUACAAUGCCUGCGACAAGUCAAAUGGCGGCUGCUCGCACCUGUGCCUCCUCAAUCCCACCAGCUACACGUGCGCCUGUGCCGUGGGCGUGCAGCUGAAGGACGACAUGCGAACGUGUUCCGAGGGGCCAACAAAGUACCUGCUAUUCGCACAUCGAAUCGACAUCCGGCAGAUAUCAUUGGACUUUGAUCACCUCAUCGAUGUGGUCCUGCCACUGCCGCCGAUCUCGAAUGCCGUGGCCUUGGACGUUGACCGGAAUACGGGCACUAUCUUCUGGUCGGACACCAUUGAGAAUGUGAUAAUGAGCUCCAGUCCCGAUGGCCUGCACGUACACAAGGUGGUCGGCGACAGCCUGGAGAAUCCCGAUGGCCUGGUCGUUGACUCCAUUGGCAGGACUAUUUACUGGGCCGAUGCCGGACGGCACACCAUCGAGGUGGCCAGCCUGGAUGGCAGCAAUCGCCAUGUGAUCGCCUACAAGGACCUAGAGUCACCGCGUGGCCUGGCCCUGGAUUACGAGGCGGGCCUCCUAUUCUGGACGGACUGGGGACACUAUCGCAAGAUUGAGCGCUCGCAUCUGGACGGGAACGAGAGGUCGCGCAUUGUCACGGCCAAUCUGGGCUGGCCCAAUGGCCUGUCGCUGGACCUGAAGAGCAAGCGCAUCUACUGGGUGGAUGCGCGCCUCAAGACCAUCGACUCGUGCGACUAUACGGGCAACCAGCGAAAGCUAAUCAUAUCGUCCCUGCAUCAUCCCUACGCCUUGGCCCUGUCGGACGACAAGAUCUACUGGACGGACUGGAAGUCGAAGGCCUUGCACAUGACCGACAGGCGCAACAUAACCGCCAAGCGGGAUGUGAUCACAAACAUUGACGGACUGAUGGACAUCAAGGUCAUCUCGCAGGAUCAGCCGAUAAUCGAGAAUGUGUGUGGUCGCAAUAACGGUGGCUGCUCGCAUCUCUGCCUGCGCAAUCCAUCGGGAUAUACGUGCCAGUGUCCGAUUGGCCUGAGGUUGCGUCAGAAUAGCACAACGGAAUGCCAGAAUUUGCCAGAUGAUUACCUUUUGAUUGCCUUGCGUUCUGGCAUUGGUAUGAUUUCCCUGAACUCCGGCGACUACAUGGACGUCGUCCUGCCCAUCAACGGUGUGCAUGGCGCCGUUGUUCUAGACUAUCACUAUCGGGAGAAUAUCCUGUUCUUCGCCGAUGUCAAUCUAGAUGUCAUACGACGGGUGAAUCUGUUGAAUUUCACCGACAGUCGGGUCAUUGCCAGCACCGAUGUACUGACUCCGAAUGGCAUUGCCGUGGACUGGAUAGCGGACAACGUUUAUUGGUCUGACACGGAUCGCAAGCUGAUUGAGGUGGCCCGGCUGGAUGGAAGUUCGCGCAAAAGGAUCAUUGAGGAUGACCUGGGCGAUCCCCGGUCAUUGAUAGUGCAUCCAAAGAAAGCCUACCUAUUCUGGUCCGACUGGAGUUCGCCGGCAAAGAUUGAGCGCAGCUACUUGGAUGGCUCGAAUCGAACGAUUCUGGUAACCUCUGGAAUAGGAUUUCCCACAGGACUUACCAUUGACUUUGAUAAUCGGCGGUUGCUUUGGGCCGACGCCUUGGAGGACAACAUAGGCCAAGUGGAUUUUAAUGGCAAACGGCGUCAGACCAUUGUUCCCUAUGCACCGCAUCCCUUUGGCCUGACUAUGUUUGAUAACAACAUUUACUGGACGGAUUGGUACAACAAGUCGGUGUACCGCUCCCAGCGCAUGCCCCGCGGCGUCUAUGGGAAUCCCUUCGAGGUGCGAGAUGCCUUGAGUGGUGCCUUGGACAUUCGGGCCGUUUCGCUGGGGCGGCAGCCAAAAAGCUGGAAUCACUGCGCCCAGGACAAUGGCGGCUGCUCGCACCUUUGUUUAUAUCGCGCCGUCGAUUACAUAUGCGCCUGUCCCGACCGACUCGAUGCCAAGGACGAGACGCCGUGCUCCACCAAGCCCAAGGUGUUUGUGCAUUCGCGUUUGGACAAGGAUCAGGCACCGGAAUACUCAGAUGAGUCCACCGAUGAUUCCAUACCGACAGAGCUGCUGGGCGACUCAAUCCAUGGCCAUGGCGAGGAUGAGCAUACGCGGAAAACUGACCACGAACGGGAGUUCUUCGUUCUGGUGGCCCUCGGGGUGGUCAUUGUCAUGGUGGUCAUCACAAUACUUGUGAUUUUCAUGCUUGCCUUCAACACGAGCAGGAAGAAAACAAAGCGCAACUCGCGCGGAUCCAGUCGAUCUGUCCUGACCUUCUCCAAUCCGAAUUACAACGUCGAUGGCACACCCAUGGAGCCCAAGACGAACAUUUGGAAGCGAUUCAAGCACGACAAGUCGCAUCAGGAUCGAGUGGGGGUCUUUGAAGAGCGCAGUCUGACAACGGAGACAGCUUCGUCCAGCCUUUUUGUACCGACACCAUCGCCCAUGGCGUCGCCGUCAACAAAAACAAUCCAACUGACAACGCUCUCGACUAUCACGUAAAUGGCAAAAAAAAAAAACAAAAACAAAACAAAAAAAAUAGUAAAUAAUACUACAAAAUUGCUUCAGAAAGCGCAAAAAGCAAAAGAAAGCAAAUCUUCGAGAACGAAAAUGCUCUAUUUUAAUCAACAUCUGUCUGAAGAAUAGAUUAUAUAAGCUGACACAGCCUUUCACAUUUUUUUUUUUACCUUUUUCUUUAUCGAUUUCAAAAUAAUGGUAAGCCCGAGUUUUAAACCAUUAAAAAAAAAUUUACUCCUUCAGCACCAUUGAAUAUAUAUAUAUUUAUAAGUGGAACCAAGUCCCAAGUCAGAUCACGAAAAGUAUUUUAAAAUAUUAUUCAAGAAUACAUGUGUUUUUGUUUUAUUUAAAAAUAUUAUUCAAGAAUACAUGUGUUUUUGUUUUAUUUCAUUGAUUGUUGUUUACAUUAAGUUUGUUUUGAAAGUAAACGAUACAGCCGAGUACAGUUGAUCCAAAGGAGCUCAAAGGAGCUUAUUUGCUUUUUUAUCAAUACCACAACACUGAUUAAUAGUGUUGCUAAAGGCUUUUAAUUUCAAUAAUUUUUUUCCACACGAUUUUUUAGUCUUUUUUUUUAAAUCAGCGAUGGGGAAAAUCCACAGAUAUAAGCUCAUGAGAAAGAGAGAGAACGAGAACGAGAGAGAAAGAGACAACUGAGAAAAUUGAGAUUUUACCUUUACCCUCCGCUGAUUACACUCUGAGAUACUUCUCAAAAUAGACAACAUUUUACGACUGACUGUACACAGCUCCCCAAAUUGAGGUACUCGGCUUUAUUGUAACAUUUUACUUUUGUAUAAAUAUUUGCAUUUGACUUGUUCUACAUACAUAUAUCGAAAAAUCCAAGAAACCAUUUCGAUCAACUGUCUUGACAUUGUUAAAGCGAACGAAACCUUUUGUUCGGGGUUUUAAAAAGGGCAAAAAUAUACAACUAAUGGAUAAUGACUUAUUUUAUUAAUCAAAGUAAAACUUAUAUGUAUGUAUGUAAAUUCUUAUUGUACAUGGUACGGUUAUAUAUAUAUAUGUAUGUUCCUAAGAAGCCGUGCAGCGGUCCGUCUGCUUCGUUGAUUUAAUCUUAAUUCUCAGGUGUAAAGACAGACACUAGGCUGGAAUAUAUACGACAGAUCCGCCAUCGAAACUAUAUAUUUGUACAUAGGUUAUAUGAUGAGCAUAUUGUUUUCCGUUUUAUACACACAACUUGAUAUCAUCCGUUUGGUUUUUUGUUUAAAUAUAUCAAUUAUAAUAUUCGGAAUUCAUGUAAAACGAAACGUAUGUACUGUCAGACCGUUAGCAGCUAUAAAGGGGCAUUUGGUAAAAUUGAAUAUCCUAAGUUUUAAGUAUAUAUUAAUGUGUAAAUACUGAUUAAAAAUUUGAAUGUUAUUCGAAA